AUGACUGGCCUACGAAAGAACAGCAAAUUGAUGAGUUUCCGAAAGCAAUCAAGGAAGUCUCAGAAUCCAGAGCCUGAGCUCAGGAAGAAAAGAAAACUACAAAAUCCAGAGAACGGACAAACAGACACAUACCAGAAUUCAUUGAAGAGCGAAUUAAUCAUGGAUGAUUCCGAUGAUGAUAAUAACCGUAUAACUUCGAAAAAGGAUUUGAGAUCCAAUUUUUCAAAUAUCAUUAAUCAACAGCCGUUUUUUUCACACCCAUCAGGUAUGACAAUCGAUUUGCACAGCGAGAUGAAGCUUCAAAGGCAAAGGAGAUUGAUAGAAUUGGAUAUGAUGAGAGAAAAAGAGCUGAACCAUGAAAAUAACGACGGGGAAUUAUCAGAAGAUGACCUUCUUAGUUUCUCUUCGUCAGAGGACGAAGAAUUUAUGGACUCAAAACUUCCGAAGUUACACCAGUUAACUAGAAUUGACGAAAAACUAAACCCAUGCAACAUGAGUGUGGAAUCACUGACAACGGGAUUGGAGCAAGUCGAUCAUUUGAUUAGACAAUAUAGAGGCCUUGAUGCAGAGAGUCAGGUUCUAAAUAUCUAUGAUCAUAUUCUACCACUAGCGACUGACUUGGAUGAAGAAAAGGUUAAACAGGUUCCAGGAGACGUUAAAAUGUCUACAGAUAAGGAAACAAAAGUUAACGAGAGCGAUUGCCAUUUGAUAUCUGAAACUUCAUCUUUUCGCCUUCUAGCUGGAGAGAGACUGACUCGUAAGGCUCCACUUAGUGUUUCAGAUGAUGACAGGGAAAAUAGCCAAGAGGACUCUUCUAAUGUUUCGCUUGAAGAGUUCCUCAACUUGGAAUUUGAUGGAAACUCUAUAGAGCUUGAUGGAGCUCAUAAUCAAAUUUCCAAAACCAAUGCCACUUUCGCUACCCUAGAUAUCAUGCCACAAGCCAGAAAUUUUGAAUAUCGAUACAAUCAUGACAAGAUCAACCUUGCUUUAGUGAACAAUUAUAGCAAUUUCAAUCCUUCCGUUGAAGGAAAACGAUCAAACAAAAGAGGUCCAUUAAACAAAAGUGCGCUGUUUUAUGGAAACCACUCUGAAUUGAGCUUCAACAACUACCUCUUCCAAAUGAACGAUUUUGUGAUCUAA